AUGGGCAAAAAUGUACGAAAAAGGAGACGACAAUCAGGAAAAGAAUAUACGGACUCAAACGGAAACCUACAGCGAAAAAGAUCACUGAAAUAUGACACAAAUCAUACAUGUAGAUUCAAAUGUUGUGAACAUUUCUCAUAUGAUGGUUGUCUACAAAUCUACACGGAGUUUUGGACUCUUAACGACUCCCAGAAAAAGAUUUUCUAUAGCCAAACUACAAGUAAAGAACGUAAGGCAAGAACUAGAUUGCCUAAUACUGAAUUUACUAGUAGAAAGCAGUUUACAUAUAAAUAUCAUUUGAAAAAAAGUGAUGAAAAUAUACGUGUGUGCAAACAGUUUUACUUAGAUACUCUGGAUAUAAGCCAGACACGAAUCCAAACUUUUCAUGAAAAAGAUGAAAGAGGAAAUAUCAGAUACAGUGAUAAGCGUGGUGCACAUAGUUGUAAAAAUAUUAUCAAUACUGAACCCCAAAAGGAAAUAAUUCGUAACCAUAUUAAAUCAUUUCCUACUAUUCCCUCACAUUAUUGUAGGGCAAAUUCCAAGAGACAAUAUUUAGAGCCCGGGCUCACUGUACAAAAAAUGUACAAUCUAUAUGUUGAUAACUGCAAUAGAGAUGAAAUAAAACCCUUAAAAUUAUAUGUUUAUCGAGAUAUUUUUAAUUUGGAAUUUAACAUUGGAUUCCAUGUCCCGAAAAAAGACAAGUGUGACACGUGUGAAAAAUACAUAAUAUUAACCUCCCAACCAAACGUUAAUGAAAUUAAUGCUCAAACAUUACGUGAUUAUUUGAACUUAAAGCAAGAAACAAAAAUAGAAAGGGACACGGAUAGAAACAGAAAAGAUAAUUCUGUAGUUGUGUGCUUUGAUAUGCAAAAUGUCAUGACGUGUCCGCGAGCUUCAGUUUCAAAUUUCUUUUAUAAAAGAAAGCUUUCGGUUUUUAAUUUAACAGCACAUUGUUCUUAUAACAAAGUGGCUUAUAAUGCAAUAUGGACAGAUAAUAUGAUGGGUCUCAUCAUUGAACAUAAAUUUGGAACACCUGGACAUUCUUCUAUACAAGAAGUAGACAAUGUUCACAGUCACAUUGAAAAAGCACUAGGAGUAGCCGAAAUUUAUAGCCCAAUAUCCCUUGUCAGAGUCUUACUUAAAGUUCGACCAAAACACAUGAAAGUUAUACAAAUGAAAAAAUCUCAAUUCUUUGAUUUCCAAAAGGUUUCACAACGAUUUAAAUUUAAUAUUCAAUUUUGUAAACUAAAUUAUUUGAGAAUUGAUUCUUCCCGACAUAUGCAGUGUGAUUACCAAUUUUGUUUCUCUGAAGAAUUGAAAACCCAUACAACAUGA